GCAAUUUGCUGCAGACUGCCGACAGCUUAAAUACGUUAAUUGAAGUAAGCAAUAAACUCACAACUUGAAAUUUUAAAAUCCACAAACCCUAAAUACACGCCCGCCCAAUCACAACCACUUGCCAAAAAUUUGAAUUUCCUUAAUCUCAUCCUCAUUCUCGUACGGACUACUCCACUAUCAUCUUCUGCAAGUUAGCUUCUUUAAUUUCCUUCAGUGCCAGAGUUAGCUCGCGCAUUUCCGAUGGCUACUGCCGAUUCCACCGCCUCCGAUCCUUCCGCCCCGCUUAUAGAGAAGAAAGAGGAUGCAGUUCCUGUUAGUACCAAGAUUGCUGAAUUGAGCGAAUCAAGGCAAGAGCUUAUCAGUAGAAUUCAGAAUUUGAAACAGGAUUUGCAAAGUUGGAGAUCAAAGUUGGACACCCAAGUUAAAGUCUACCGAGAUGAGCUUUCUGAUCUUAAAAAAUCACUGAAUGGGGAGGUGGAUCAACUUCGAUCUGAUUUUCAACUAUUGAAAAGUACCCUUCAACAGCAGCAGGACGAUGUUACAGCCAGCCUAAGAAACCUGGGGCUUCAGGAUGUUGAUGAAGUCAAAGAAGCUGAAAGCGGUGCAAAAACUGAGAACAAUGGAAAUAAGGCCGAGGAUCCGUCUGAACAGGACGUUAAUGAGACAGCAAAGUAGACGGUGUUGUCAUCACUGUUGUGUUCUACACCACUUUUAUUCUUCCAUAUGUAUGUAUUUAUGUAUCUGCAUUUGUCCAUUCGAGCUAUGGAUUUGUCAACUGGGAAUUGUCUGUGCUCUAUUGAAAGUAUGUCCACUCUUAUCAGGUUCUAGAGCUUAUGUCACGAUCCUAAACGGAAAGUAUUAUUCCUAUCGCCUCCUGAUAAGUCUUUGAUAUUGAUAUUAAUUGGAAAUUAUUCCAUGGAAUAGUUUUUUUAUAGUUAUAUCCGAAGCAUCUUUCAAC